CGCGCUCUUCCCGGGCUGCAGGGGACAUUGGUGCGUAAACAGGAUUAACUCUCUCCGCCCCAGCUGCCGCUGGUCUGCCCCGGCCUGCGGGCCGGAGCGAGUCCACUGGUACCCGGAGGGGAGGGCGCAGCUCUGGGAGCGGGGAAUGGAGAAACUCCGGACUCGGGAGCUGUCUCCGGGGCCCACUUCUUCCCAGGGUGGAGCGAGGGGCCGCACCCUCACGAGUUGCUCCUCAAAAGCCGAGGCGGACGGCGACGAAGGCACCGGUUCCUAGCCGCCGCCUCGCGUCUACCUCCUCCCUCUCCGUCCCCGCGCUUCCUCUCCGCCCACCGCGCUCCAGCCGCGGGGUCGCAGCCCCCGCUUGCCGCCCGGCUCCCCGGGGACCCUGCGCCAGCCCCUCGCCCAGCCAUGGGGGAUCUGCCGGGCCUCGUGCGCAUCUCCAUCGCGCUGCGCAUCCAGCCCAACGACGGCCUGGUCUUCUUCAAGGUGGACGGGCAACGCUUCGGCCAAAUCCGAACCAUCAAGCUGCUCACCGGCUCCUCCUACAAGGUGGAAGUGAAGAUUAAGCCCAGCACGCUGAAGGUCGAGCACAUCUCCAUUGGUGGUGUACUCGUCCCGCUGGAGUUGAAGUCUAAAGAGCCUGAUGGGGACCGAAUUGUUUAUACGGGCACAUAUGACACAGAAGGUGUGGCCCCAACCAAGAGUGGAGAACGGCAGCCCAUCCAGAUCACCAUGCCGUUCAUUGACAUUGGGACCUUCGAGACGGUGUGGCAAGUCAAGUUCUACAACUACCACAAGCGAGAUCACUGCCAGUGGGGCAGCCCCUUCUCUGUCAUUGAGUAUGAAUGCAAACCCAACGAGACCCGCAGUCUCAUGUGGGUGAACAACGAGUCCUUCUGCUGAGGAUGCUUCUCUCUGAUGUUGCUGGAAAGUCUCUUCUGAAACCUACUUACUAGAUAAACCAGCACAAGCCUCAACCAAGGCAGGCCACGCCGUUGCGGUUUCCUCCACGGUCCUGACGAGCUACCGGCCCCGAUUACUUUGAAAGUGUAAUUCCCCUCUGCUGCAAUGUCCCCGACAUAAAAGGGCAUGGUGCAUUAUCCCUGAGAAGAUUCUUUUCUGUGUUUUGUGUUGGUGUUCCCACAUCCAGUUGUUUUCGGUCAUGCUAUCCACCACUUAUGGCUGGAGUCAGUGGAAGUGCGGGUACGUCCUAAGGGUGAUGGUGCCACUGAGUGACCGUGGUGUUUUGUUCCCAAGUUGAGUGAUUCCCCCCCACCUUUGUUAAAUGUUAAAUAAAAACACAGUGAUGUGGUGGGUUAUCCCCUGUGUAAUACGGUAACGUGUACCUUGCAAUGUUUUCCAACUUUUAAAGCAGUUUUUAUGAAGAUAUGAAGAUGUAAUACAAACAGCAGUGAAUGGGACUCAAAUGGUGUGCUUCCUAGAAACAGCUCUGCUUUUUCUGGAGGGAUGAUGACAAAAUAAAAGGACAGAUAUUUAAGUAUGUAUAAAAUAUUUCAAUAUUUCACUCUUUCACGUGACUUAAGGGAUUGUGCUUAUGGUCUAGUUGAAAUGGGGAAAAGCACUGUUGUUGUUAAAACAAACAAGUUGGCAGGAGUUAUAGAGUUUCCCCUUUGGCAGGCUACCAUCGCAUUCAAACAUGCAUACUGAUGGCAUCCCCACAUUCCCCUUCACUUGAACUUUGUAAAACUGUGUAUGGAGCUGUAAUCAGCUUUUGAUAUUUCUUAAUAAAGGCAUUGAAUAGCCUGUC